AUGAGCUAUUCUCUAUGUGCAUCAGCAAGGAUUUUGCACGAGAACAUCUCCUUCUAUAGAGAAUUGCGCUUAAAUGAUUCCUUCUCUGAGGAUAACCCCUCUUUGAAAAGCCUGCAAGAAUGGAUUGUCUACCCUCCAUAUUUCAAUCUGAAGAUGUUUUUGAUCCCACCAAUAAUUUGUCUUCUGGCAGCCAUCCUGGUCAUUCCUUUCAUCUUAUUUGUGAUUUUUUCUCAUGUCAACAUACGUCAGGAAACAAGGUACCUUUUGUUGGGCAAUGUUUUGCUUAGUGAUUUGAUGUAUCUGCUGCUCUACACUGUGUCUGCGGUUUUCAGUAUGUCCACCUUCAACCUCUCAAAAAGUGGUUGUAUCAUGCUGUUGUUUUUGCUAGCAAUGACUUACUGUGGAGGCUUAUUAACAUCUGCGGCAAUGGUGCUGGACACUUAUUUGGCCAUAUUGUGGCCUUUGCAUUAUAUUUCCAUUCUGCCUUAUUCCAGAGCAAAGAAACUGAUUCUGUUCCUAUGGAUCUGCUCUGGGAUUUUCCCUGGGAUUGUUUUCUUAAUACUACACAUCACUCAAGACUCCGGGGAAUGUCCAGUAGAAAACUGUUCUGUUCCAAUUAUACUGGCAAUGACUUUACAAGGAAACAAUGCCAUGAAAUUCUGCUACAUACUCUCAGUGUCUUCCCUUUUUAUCUGUCUGACCCUCAUUCUUUGUGGUUACAUGGUCUUGUAUUUUAAAACAAAGCAAUCAGGAAUAUGGAGAAGCAUUUUCUCUCGAGCCAGUGUGACAUUCCUAAUGCAUCAUAUUAUCCUAUUCUUUCAUUUCUCUCCUCUUGUGGCUGUUGUAGUUGAGUCACUCCUUUAUGUCAAUGCUGUAAUUGGGCCACAGACAGGAAUUUGGGUGUCUAUGAUCGUUUGUAAUGUCCUGAUUACUUUGCCCAAGGCUUUGUUACCUUAUCUGUGUGGGCUUCGAUACAGAGAGAUAUCAUCAUCCCUCAAGUUCUGCAUCAAAUGGAAACGUUCUACAGUGGUAGCUCCUACUACAUUUACCUGA